AUGGAUGGAAAAUGUAGAAGGAUCAGAGAAAGUCGAAGAGAAUAUAAAGGCGGAAUUCCACUGGAGGAGGCAGGGAAGAAUAAUCAGCUGAAAGCAUCAGCGCCCAAUUUUUUCUCGCAUCGCAAGUCACCUCCCGAUGACAAAACAGAUGUUGAAAAACAUUUUCACUCUUUGAUAACUCUUCAAUAUCCCGGGAUAUCCAGCAAAAUUGUGCUUCGUCUGUUCGGAACAUCAAUAGAUCGUUUUCCGUAUAACAACAAUAAUUAUAAUCUAUGCCAUGCAAGUAAUAAUGGUGAAGUGGAAAAUCACUGUAAUUGUGAUCAUCAGACUGAUAACAUUCUUACUGAUAACAUUCUAAUAAAUUUGCUCUGUGCCCCAUUUCUUUCAUGA